UUUGUACUGAGCCUCCAUCAUGAACCACGUGGAAGGUAGGUGCCAGGUGGAGCCAGUUGAAGGAACUCCUACGCUACAAAAACAUGCAUUAGACAACUGAUGUUUGCUAUGCACUUUUUAGCACUUGGUAUUUCCAUUUCCUCUGUUGGAUUAACCAGUAACAAUGCUGUUGCUUUUACUGCCUUUCUCUCUUCUUUUUGCUGGUGGUAGCUCAGACACUGCUACAUUGACGUUUAAUCUCCAGACAAAUGCAGACUGUGUUGUUGGAGAUCCAAUUGCAACUCUAUGGGUAGAAACACUUGGAGGAGACUUCAACUAUUUAAUGACCUACAACAGUUCUCAACCAGAUACAGAUACACAAUACAAUAUUAGUGUUGAUUAUUCAAGACCGACAAACUUGUACUUUCACUGGAUUGAUUGUAACGAGAUCAGUAUAGGCUAUUGUUUUCCAGGGAUUAGUUCUGUGACAAUUAAAAAUGAUGGUACUGGUCCUCAGCAAGUUUCUACAUGUAAAAAAAUUUUAAGAAGAUUAUCAAGCCCUCAGAUUGGGUUUAGUAGUGAGAAUGGCAUUCUAGUAUUAGCUGGUUCUGGAUCAUGUAACUCAACUGGACCAUAUUGCUCAAAUUCUUCAAAAUGCUGUUUACCCUCUCCAGCAGCUUCCUCUUCAAAUACAUUAUUUUCAUCUUUGGCAUUGCGAACUUCUUUGGCAUUACACAUGAUAAUGUUACCUUCAUUGUUUUCUAUUCCUCUGAUACCACAUUCAUCAGUUAUCUCACCCUUAAUCAACCCAACUACUUCCUUUCAUACUUCAUCAUCCUCAUUAUCAUCUUCCUCAACUUUGGCAUCACCCAAAUCAACUUCAAUGACAUUAUCUUCCAUUCCAUUAAAACCAAGCUCUGUUCCCUCAAUAAUCAAUCCAACUACAUUUCACACUUCCUCAACGUCAUCAAGUAUAUCAUUGCUACUUCCUAUAUCAACUUCAGUCCCCACUCAUGUAUGCCAUCCCCAGACUAAUACUAAUGAUCAUGGUCAGUUUAAAUGGCCACUAACACUACCUGGAAUGACUGUUACCAUAUCAUGUCCUAGUGGCCCUAAUGGAGCUACAGCAAGUAGAAUAUGCUCUGCUUCUUCUGAUUGGGAAUUAGCAGAUGUGAUGAUGUGUGCUACUACUGAUGUUACAAAUGGAUUCAAUGGAUUAUCUAAAGUAAACAUUACAGUUGAUAAUUUUGGUUUAGCAGCUUUCAAUAUGAGCAGUUUAGUGGAAAAUGCAACACAUACUCUUGCUGACCAAAACAUUCAAAACAUUAACAUAAUAUCAACAGUAUUGGAAGCAAUAGUAUCUGUUCUUUUGAAUAAUGAAAGUUUGCCAUUAAUAAUUGAAGUAAGUUUGUAGAUUAAUUGACACUUGUAGUGAUAUCAUACAAGGGCGUAGCUACAUAGGCGGCUAUAGGCCCGGGCAAGCCAGGGCUUUGCCCUGGUAGUUUUGAACCAAAACCACACCCAAAAGGUGUGUUUUGUUAUUAUUAGGAGUGAGAUCAUCACUAGAAUUCAUUUUUAAUAGCCACCACUGUUUAUACUUGCUAUCAGCUCCACUUUACAGUUAUUUUAGUGUGGUAACUGGCUUUUGUGAGCUAUCAUAAUGACUUUCAGUCAUUUUAUUAAUUGACCACACCCCUAAUUCUUAUGAAUAAUUAAUGAGCCCUGGUAAAUUCAAGAUUCUGUAGCCGCCUAUGCGUAGCUAGCAUAAAGGCUAGGGUAGGCUAUAGCCUACCCUGAAGUUCAGAAGUCAGAAUUGAAGUUUAGUAGUUUACCUAUAUUGAGUUUCUGCCUUAGUCACUAAUGACCAAAGAUUAUAGAAGUUUAGGGUAGCUGUCUCAACUGGCAGUUACUCACUCAGUCACUUUUGACACAGGCAAACAGAGACAGGAGAAAGGAAAGAAAAACAGCCAUUUUAGCACAAUUAUUAUAAUUUAUUAAGGUGGAGUCUUUAUAUAAUUAACUUAAUUAAUUAGCUAGCUUAAUAAAAUUAUAAAAAGUUAACUUUAAGUGAAGCCAUCACAAUGUCAGCUGCAAAAAAACAAAAGCUUUGUAAUUUUUUAUGCAAAUUUUAGUUGAGUAUAUUAGUAGUCAACCCCAGCCAUAUAGACUAUUUGUACUGAAGAUGAGCAUGAGGAGAUUGAAGAUGAUAAUCUUGUGAAUGAUGAUUUUGUUGGUUGUGCUGCUACCUUGAGUCUUGCCUGAGUCCUCAUCUGAGUCUGAGUGUGAAGCAGUUGCGAGAACCAUGCAUAGAUAUGAGAGUAAAUGAAACUCCAUAUUGCGAGAACACGUCCAUUUCGCGGCCGUAAAAGUGGGGUCGUCCGGAGUCUCGUCCCUAAAAAACGGACCGGACCGGACCGGACCAACGGACCAUGGUCGGCGACAAGUCUGUUUUACGGACCCGAAUGGUCCGCGACAUCUCUAUUUUACGGACCACUUUGCUCACUGCUAAGAAUUAUAGCUAAUGCUAAGGUCAAGAUUUACUCUUACUGAAAUCCUGCUUCUCGCUUAGAUAUAAGCCCAAACCUUCAGAUAUUGCAAAUUUAAAGAAUUUAUUCAUGAAACAACUGUAUACAGUCUGAGCAUGAUAGCUACUGUACUGCUGAGUUAAUUGAUGUCAUGCAGUGACUCUACAAAUGGUGGAGUAAAUUAAAAUAUAUCAUACUUAUUUGUGUCACUUUACAGCCUAGUGUGGGAAGUAAAUCUUGUUCUGAAUUUAGUGGAAUAACGGUUACAAAUU